UGUCUGCCGCUUGUGAAAUGAAAAAUUUUCGUACCCGCAAAAGAUUUUUCCCGUUCAAACUCACUGAGAGAUCGUUAUCGUACAUUUUUUAAGUGUAAAAGUGUUCUCUAGAUUGUAUAGCAUACGUAUAACAUCAGGUGACAAAAGAUGAGUGAAGCUGUUGUAACAAGUCAACAUUCCAAAGAAAGUGAAGAGAGUGAACCCAAAAAUGAAACCAUCACUUUGAUAAUACCACAAGACCUUGCCUCUGCAGAUGGCAUUCAAGUUGUCACACUGCCUCCUGGAAUUGGAGAUCUGAGUAACGUCAGAGUUCAAGUGGGUGAUGCAGGUUUUGAGAACCACACUGGCAAUGAACAUACAACAUGUCAAAUUGUUCAUGAAGUGAUAGAACCACUGGCUGGUGGGGACACAAACGGGAUCAACAUUGAGGAUGGCGGCUCAGAGUUGCAGAUUGUUGAAAAAGAUAACACUGGGUCUAGCCAUGUAGGGAAGGAUGGAAAGAAAGUGAGCAUAGCCAUCCAGGCAAAUGAUUAUGAGAUCGAGCGGCGUUCUGGGAGGACACCAGCCAGAAUGAGGGUUAUUCCAGCUAAAUUCAGAGACUACAAGAAUCCCGACUUUAUAAAAGAGGAACCUGAAUCUGAUGACGACUAUGAGCCAAGUGACGAGUGGGAGUUCAAACCACUUAGGGGAAGGGGAAGGCCAAGGGUCAAUCCUCGAGGAAUGAAAAGGGAGAAUAAGAAGCCAGGGAGACCAGGAAGACCACGUAAAUACCCCAAAAUAGAACCGUUGGAUUUUGAACUGCUGCCUGUUCCAGCAGCAGAAAUUGCAUCCACCUCCGCUGAUGUUUCGCUAGACAUGGCAUCCAUCCCAACAGUGGUAGUCGAUGCUGCACCAGAAUCGGAAGGGCUCGCUGCUACUGAUGAGAGUUCUGAUGUCCAACCACAGGUGGCAGCACUGAUGAAUGAACUGACCCCCAAGGUGUCAGGAGAGAAGUCACAAUCUAAGGCAUUUGUUUGUAAAACGUGCUCUAAGACAUUCACUUUGAAAGGCAACCUUAAAGCCCAUGAGUUCAUUCAUCUGGGACUGAAGCCAUAUCGGUGUGAUGCUGCAGGCUGUGAGCAAGUUUUUCGAACAACUGAAGCAUGUCGCAGACACAAAUUGACUCAUCUAGGAGUGAAACUUUUCGAAUGUGUGGUCUGCAAGGUGAAAUUCUCCACCAAUCAAGCAUUAAAGGAGCACAUGUCACGCCACACCGAUUCCCGGCCACAUGUCUGCAAAUUCUGCCAGAAGAGGUUUCGCCAACUGAGCUGUCUCAGUCGCCACAUUACAACCCACUCCGAUGAGAAGCCAUACCCCUGUGACAUGUGUUCGAAGAGAUUCUCACAGAUGGCGUAUCUUAAGUCACACAAACGAAGUCACACAGGGGAGCGUCCUUUCAAGUGUACACAUCCAGGAUGUGAGAAAUGUUUUGCUCACCAAUCUGAUCUCAUCAGACACAAGAUCAUACAUACCGGAACGAAGCCGUUUGCCUGUGAUCUCUGUCCUGCUAGAUUCAAUGACCCAUCUAGCAGACGACGCCAUCUCAAGGAGCACACAGGAACUAAGCCUUACGCCUGUCAGCUCUGUGAAGAAUCUUUUCGACGUGCAGGACAGCUGAAGGUCCACUUGAGUAAACAACACAUGGGGGUUAUAUCGGUGGACGCAGCAAAUCGCCCUGUGUUGCAAGUUCAAGCUGAUGCCUCCUGCUUGAGAUUCCUAUUGCGUGAAGAUGGGGGUAUUGAGUCUAUCCCAAUUACAGAACAAGUUAUCGAUGAUGGACAGGUUGUUCAUUUAGAGGCGGGAAAGGAUCAAACGGAGGAUGAGCAGUUAGAGCAUGUUCAAAGCCAGUUGCAACAAGUACUGAUGCAGUUACGGCAGCAACGGAACCAAUUCCCAAAUGAUUCAACAGAAGUUGAUGUUCAUGUUGUGACUGUGGGACCUGACGGUCAGGUCCAGGAGAGAGUAGAUAGGGUGCUUUCACAGACAUUAGAGUCAAUGGGGAAUGCUUCCCGAUCGGUUACAACAGGUCAGGAUGUCACAGAGCAGGAGAUGGCUGUCCAGAUUGCAUUGGAGGAGAUGGGGGUCAUCCAGGAUGAUGCAAUUCCUGUUGCGAAUUCAGAAUCAUUGGAUACUUCCAUGAGUCAAAAUAAUGUACAGGAUAUUGUGAAUGUUUCUGAAAUCGACACAGGACCACUAAGUCCGUCUGUCCUUAGCACAGCUCGGAUCAUGCAAGAUAUCCGCAACGCACCUGUGCAAUAUGAACAUACCUAUACCAGUGUUGUGCAGUAUUCAAGUCCAAAUCAUACAGUUGCAGAUAAUGUUGAAAUUAGUGAAAUCCAAAAUGCUCCUGUUGAGCAAGUUCCGUCGGGAGUGGAUCACAGUAGUGAUCAAGAUCAGAAUGUGCAGAUUUCUAGUGAGAAUGCUGUCAGGGGUGUUAUUCAUGUCCCUAUAGAGCACUUCAUGUCAGAAGAAGGGACCCAAAAACUUCCAGUUUCCAGUUCUCAGGAGGUGGUCUACCAUUAUGAGGAUUAUGAGGUGGUGAGAGAGGGAGAGGAGCCGCAUGUUUUAGAAAUUCAAUAUACUGACGAGUCUGAGGCUACUGAUCAGAAUCCUGGCUCUCAGCUCAUCGACGUCAAAUAUGUUGAAGAAGCCAAAGAUGAACACAAACCUUCUUCAUCACAAAUCCUGGACAGCCGGCCCUCUACUUCUCAACUACCAACUGUAUCUGUCGACCUUAUCUCCGAGAGUACUAAACCUCAACCUCCAGCAUCUAGUAUGGACUAUGUCCACAAGCCGGACUUCAGUAGUCAAGACUAUUACAACUGGUUAUCAAGUUUUGUUGAAUUGUGUAAAGUAGUGCCAAUGCCUUUGGACAUUGAUUUGUUUCAGAAGGUAAGCCAGGUCCAUAAGACUUUAUCAGACGUUUUGGCAAAUCCCUCUGGUGUGCUGAGCAACAAGGACAACUACACAACCAUGAUGAGUAUUUCUAGAGAUUUAGGAGGCAUUGUCAAUGAACAUUUGACCUUCGUCCUGAAAACUUUUGAAAAGGCAACAGUACAAAAAUAAUGUAGUGGUAGGAGUAGAGUGUACUCCUAGUUCGAUUGAUCUAUUGAUUCGGUACAAUUAAGAAGACUUUCUUCCUAAAGUCUACAUGUACACAUACAUGUAUGGUGAAACAGUCUACAUGUACACAGACAUGUAUAGUAGAACUGGGCAUUCAGUAGUGUUGUGAAUCCAAGUAUCUGUUCUCUGGAGAAGUUAUGUAAAUUUGAUUAUAUCGAAUAUUAAAGUAUUGUUACCAUA